GGAAGCGGAUCCGGCGGAGGGGGCAAGCGUCAGGCUAGAAGCUGCCACUUGGCCUCGGCGGGGCCAAGAUGGAGCCCGGAGCCUGAGGGCUGAGGUCGGGCCCCGCGGGCAGGGGCGGGGUCCGAGAGCGGCCCCGGCGCGGCUGGCAGCGCUGGAAGCGCCGCGGGGGAACCUGAGCGCGGGGCCCGCCGCCAUGGAUGACUUCGUGUCCAUCAGCCUGCUGUCGCUGGCCAUGCUGGUAGGCUGCUACGUGGCCGGCAUCAUCCCUCUGGCCGUCAACUUCUCGGAGGAAAGGCUAAAGCUGGUGACUGUCCUGGGUGCUGGGCUCCUCUGUGGAACUGCCCUGGCUGUGAUUGUACCAGAAGGAGUACAUGCACUUUAUGAAGAUAUCCUGGAGGGGAAGCACCAUCAGGCCAGCGAGACUCAAAAUGUGAUUCAGUCUGAGAAAGCAGCUGAGAUACCAGUUGUGCAUGAGCAUGGCCACGACCACUCAAGAUUACAUGCCUACAUUGGGGUUUCCCUUGUCUUGGGCUUUGUCUUCAUGCUUUUGGUGGACCAGAUAGGCAACUCUCAUGUGCAUGCUCCAGAUGACCCAGAAACGGGAAGAUCAAGCAAUUCCAAAAUCACUACUACGCUUGGACUAGUUGUCCAUGCUGCAGCUGAUGGUGUUGCGUUGGGUGCAGCUGCUUCCACUUCUCAGACCAGUGUCCAGUUGAUAGUGUUUGUUGCAAUUAUGUUACACAAGGCACCAGCAGCUUUUGGCCUGGUUUCCUUCCUUAUGCACGCUGGACUGGAACGGAAUCGAAUCAGAAAGCACUUGCUGGUCUUUGCAUUGGCAGCCCCUGUUUUAUCCAUGGUGACGUACUUGGGGCUAAGCAAGAGCAGCAAAGAAGCACUUUCAGAAGUCAAUGCCACCGGAGUUGCCAUGCUUUUCUCUGCUGGGACUUUUCUUUAUGUUGCCACGGUGCAUGUCCUCCCAGAGGUUGGAGGAAUGGGCCAUAGCCACAAACCUGAAUCGGCUGGAGGGAAAGGACUCAGCCGCCUGGAGGUGGCAGCCCUAGUCCUGGGUUGCCUCAUUCCUUUAGUUUUGUCCAUUGGGCACCAGCACUAAAGGUUCAAAGUCCAUCGUUUUCCUCUUCAAUCUUGAGAGAGCAGUAAAUGUCAGCUACUCUCUUCAUUGUUGUCUCUCACCAUCGUCCACCGUCUCUACACUGUGGAGGUCAGAGGGAAGCUUGAUUCCAAAAUGAGGAUUCUGGGAAAGCUUUUAGUGUAGCAAAAAUACUUUGGCAGCCAGACAUAAAUUCUCUGUAACUUUUGUUUCUUAAGAUGCUUGCUAUUUUAAUUUUUACUUCUGGCCCUUUCUCAGGGAAGAUGGAAUUUGGAUUUUAAGAAAGGUGAGUGAGGAAGAAUUUAGUGGCGCAUCAUGAAAUUGCAAUCACCAAAGUAUUCUGUAACUCAGCUUCUGCAGCUGAGAGUCAAGCAGUGAAUUGCUGCCUUUUUAAUAUGUUGAAAUCUUCUUACCAGUGAAAUAGGGGAACCACCCCUACUAUUUUUUUGUGGUCCUGAUAUGUCAGUAACUGGUGGUCCUUGUAAUAUCAGUGCCGCAAACUGUGCUGUAAAGCUGAAGUACUCAAACUUCUGGGCAGUGCUGUUAUUCUAACAAACACUGAUUGGAGAAAGUGUUAUUGGAAAAAGUUGAGG